GCGGUGACGGAUCUGUUACAAGCCGAGCCGGAUUGAGAAUUCGCUAUAAAUUCAUUGUUACAUCGCCUGACAUCUUAGAUCUUCUCUACAGGGAAAGUGGGGGGGGGUGCUUUACAAAAAAGAACUUUGUCCCCCUGAAAAAUAAACAUUUUGACGCGUCUGACAAUACAGAGUUUGGAAGUUUUGGACAGAGCUGCAUUUCAUUAUUUUUUUCUCUGUGUGUGUGUUUUGCACGCUGGGUUUUAUUUUGUACAAGUUAUUUUGGAACCUGGUGGGUUUGUUUGGAUUUUUUUUUUGUUAUUUUUUUCUCUCUCCUGUCACUGUAAACAUGGUGCUGUUUAUUUUCCUGGCUGUCUGCAGCCUGUUGCAGACGGUGCUGCACUGUUCUGCAGUUCAGGAACCUGACCUACCUGAGGCGGGUCAACUCCAGCUCUCUCCCCUGCAGCGGGGCUGGCGGAGGAGGAAGGGGCCGGUGCAGAAGGUCGAUCGCAUUUACGCCGGGGAUGGCAAGGUCGGCUACUUGGUGUACGCGGACGGCGAGAGGUUCCUGCUGGAUUUGGAGAGGGACGAGGCGCUCGCUUCGCCCUCCCCGGGAAGCCCAGCACUGUCCCCGCUCGCCCAGGCGCCCAGCCCCCGCUGCUUGUACCGGGGCACCGUCAACUCCGAGCCGGAGUCGCUCGCCGUCUUCGAUCUCUGCGGAGCUCUGCGAGGCUUCUUCGCGGUCGGCCGCUCCCGUUACACCGUCAGCCCGCUCUUCGCCGGCUCCGGGAGCGCCGGGCUGCUGCCUUUCGGUGGCGCCGCGGACCGGGCGCCGACGCCGCACUUCUUCACCCGGGACCGUUUCAGCUUCGAGCGGCCGUCCGCAGAGCUCGGCCGCUGUGAGAUCCGCAACCCCCCGGCUCAGCCCCCUGCCCGGAGCCCCCAGCCCCGGAGCUCCGGCCGCUCCAGGCGCUCGGUGUCCCGGCUCCGGCAUGUCGAGCUGCUGCUGGUGGCUGACCAGUCCAUGUCUCACAAGUACGGCGACAGGGUCCGCCACUACCUGCUCACCCUGGCCUCCAUCGCCUCCAAGCUGUUCGGGCACGCCAGCAUCGAGAACCCGGUCCGCCUGGCCGUGGUCAGGAUCAUCGUCCUCACCGAGAACGACCAAGGGCCGGCGAUCAGCAAGAACGCGGCGAGCACCCUCCAGAACUUCUGCAAGUGGCAACACAAACAGAACCAGCGGGACACCGACCAUGAAGAGCACUAUGAUGCUGCUAUCCUGUUCACCCGGGAGAAUUUGUGCGGACAUCAUUCGUGUGAUACUUUGGGAAUGGCAGAUGUCGGAACCAUCUGUUCUCCUGAGCGCAGCUGUGCAAUCAUUGAAGAUGAUGGCCUCCAUGCUGCAUUUACAGUUGCUCACGAAAUUGGACAUCUCCUAGGACUGUCCCAUGAUGAUUCCAAGUUUUGCGAAGAGUCGUACGGCUUGACAGAAGAUAAGCGGCUAAUGUCUUCAAUUCUGACCAGCAUUGACUCUUCCAAACCAUGGUCAAAGUGCACUUCUGCUACUGUAACAGAGUUCUUUGAUGACGGUCAUGGGGAUUGCCUCCUUGAUCUUCCACAGAAGCCCCUGCAUGUACCUGAGGAGCUUCCAGGCCAGAACUAUGAUGCUGUUCGUCAGUGCAAGCUGGCUUUUGGGCCAGAGUACACAGUGUGUCCGGGAAUGGAUGUCUGUUCCCGCCUGUGGUGCGCUGUCAUUCGACAGGGGCAAAUGGUGUGCAUGACUAAGAAGCUCCCUGCUGUCGAGGGAACGCCAUGUGGAAAGGGGAGGAUCUGUCUCCACGGCAAGUGUGUGGACAAAACCAAACGGAGACAUUACUCGGCUUCGGCUCAUGGAAACUGGGGGUCGUGGGGUUCCUGGGGAGAGUGUUCCCGGACAUGUGGCGGGGGUGUGCAGUUCUCCCGUCGACAUUGCAACAACCCUGCCCCCAGAAAUAACGGCAAAUACUGCGUGGGGAAACGUGCCAUCCAUCGAUCCUGCAACGUGACACCUUGCCCACAAACUGGCAAAUCUUUUCGUCAUGAGCAAUGUGAAGCACGGAAUGGGUACCAGACUGAUGCCAAAGGAGUCAAGACGUUUGUGGAAUGGGUUCCAAAGUACGCUGGCGUGAUCCCCGCAGAUGUGUGUAAAUUGACCUGUCGAGCAAAGGGAACAGGAUAUUAUGUUGUGUUUUCUCAGAAGGUAACAGAUGGAACGGAAUGUCAGCCGUACAGCAAUUCGGUAUGUGUGCGGGGACGUUGUGUCAGGACUGGCUGUGAUGGUAUUAUUGGCUCCAAGCUGCAGUAUGACAAGUGUGGAGUUUGCGGAGGUGAUGGUUCCACUUGUGUGAAAGUAUCGCGAAGUUUUACCAAGAGAAGUGUGGGUUACAGAGAGGUAACAAGAAUCCCUGCAGGGGCAACACACAUCAAAGUGCGGCAAUACAAGCCAAAGGGUCAGCAGCGGUUCACUGCUUAUUUAGCAGUUAAACGGAAGAAUGGGGAUUACCUCUUCAACGGCAAGUACAUGAUCUCAACUUCAGAAACGAUUAUUGAUCUAAAUGGCACAGUGCUCAACUACAGCGGGUGGAGCCAAAAGGAUGAUCAAAUGCAUUCAAUGGGUUAUGGCCCAUUAAAGGAGCCACUGAUAAUUCAGAUACUUGCCACUGAUCCUGGGAAACCACUUGAUGUGCGCUACAGCUAUUUUAUUCCUAGGAAACAAUUGCCUUCAGCCAAUGAAAAUGCCAUCAAAACUCUAGCUGCACAAUCCAACCUUCCCAAGUGGGCAACAGGACCCUGGUUGUCAUGUUCCAGAACCUGUGAUACUGGCUGGCAGACCCGAACUGUUCAGUGCAAAAACGGAUAUGGGAAACUGACAAAGGGAUGCCGCCUGUCCAUGAGACCCUCAGCAUUUAAACAAUGUUUUCUGAGAAAAUGUUAAUGCAUUACUUUUGAGUAAGAAUCUUUUUUAUUUUGUCAUUUUGUUUGGUGUUGUCUUAAUCUAAAAUGAAAACAUACUUGGAGAAAAGGAGGGAAAGGGUAGCUAGUAUGCAUUGGUUUAAAGCAGACACCAAUGUCAGUUUGGGAACAAUCAAAGCGUGGGCAGAAGAUAUCUUGUGGACCAAAGAAGUGCACAUUGGUAUUGCACCCAGUGGGAGAGCUUCAGAUACAUUGCCCCAGACUAGUGAGAAUGGGAAAGCAGAAGAUGACACACAUCUGCAUGUUGCCUACCUCAGAUGCAUCCCUCAACUGCAUGGAAAUGAGAUCAAUGGAGCUACCCUUUCCAUGGAUACAAGCUGGUGCAUUGAUUUCACAAAUCAUUUUGUCCCUCCCAAGGAAUCUGACAUUCCAACACAAGCCUGCCUUGUGUUGCAAUACGUUUGUUGCUUUGCUUGCUUGUGGCUGUUCAGUUGGACUCGGUGACUGAUUCUAGGGUGUUCAAUUGUGAUCCUGCACAGAGCAGUGCAUUCUCACUCACUCAUUCACUCCUGUGCAUGUGACAGUAAAAGAAACCAGCUGGCUGGUGAGGGAAUUUCAUGUGUUCAAGAAUGGAAUGAAGAACAAUUGUGCCAAUGAGCAUGCAGCAUUCUGUGGACCCUGGGAGGAACUUGUGCCAUGGUGAUUGUUAUAGUGUUUAAUGACAUUAUCUCUUUGCAAUGAUUGAGUGACAGAGCAGACUUGAUGGGCCAAAUGGCCUAAUUUCUGCUCCUAUGGUCUAAUACCUACAGGAGAUAGUUAAUAUUCCUAUGGGACUCUUUCAAGGAAUCCUUGAUUGAAAUAUGAUAUAAUUCCACUCAAUAAUAACAAACCUGAUGCAACACAAGAACAAAGAGUAGAAUGGCUGUGCUGUUAGGAAUUGUAUGGUCAUGGGGAAGCGAUAAAAUAAUUCUAUACAACUCUAUAUUCCUGAUAGAAUCAGGGCCAGACUGAAUGCCCACGAGAAACUCCAAAACAAAAUUUGAGACUGGGACCUUUCACUAAAGUUCAUAAUACAUGGCUUGAAAAGGGUGGACGCUAGGAAAUUGUUUCCGUUAGGCAAGGAGACCAGGACCCGUGGACACAGCCUUAGAAUUAGAGGGGGUCAAUUCAGAACAGAAAUGUGGAGACAUUUCUUCAGUCAGAGAGUGGUGGGCCUGUGGAAUUCAUUGCCGCAGAGAGCAGUGGAGGCCGGGACACUAAAUGUCUUCAAGGCAGAGAUUGAUAGAUUCUUGAUGUCACGAGGAAUUAAGGGCUACGGGGAGAAUGCUGGUAAGUGGAGUUGAAAUGCCAAUCAGCCAUGAUUGAAUGGCGGAGUGGACUCGAUGGGCCGAAUGGCCUUACUUCCACUCCUAUGUCUCAUGGUCUUAUAUAUGUAACCCAGAGAAUUGGAUUUUGUGAAUCAUUCUAAUUAAUUAUAAUAUCAAAUUACGACUUUCACUUAGGUGAAUAUCUGAUCAAAAGUUAAAUCAUCUACCCUGACUCUACUUGGUAUACUCCUUGUCUGUUGGAUUAAUAUUGCAAUAGAGCAAAUGGAACCACAGAGAAAAGAACAGGUUUGUGAACUUUUUGUCUGAAAAGAAAUGGUUUGCUUCAUGCACAUACUUAGUGUAUUCGAGAUUUGACAUAGCCUAGCAGGAACAAGACUUUAAUAGUUAAUGUGGUGCUUGCAGAUGAUACAGCAGAUUCUCAUUUUCAGGUUGCCACCUGGGAAUUAGGAGCAAAGAAAGGGAAUGGGUUCAAAGUCUGAGUUCUGAUAUUUGCUUUGCUCAAAAUGAAAGUUCAUCAAAAACCCUGAAAUCGUCGCUAAUUAAAGGAGUCAUAUCACAGGAGACAGCUCCAAGGCAGAUUUAAAAACUUAUCUUCAAAUGAACAGACUUCCUACAUCCAAACAAAUUGUCUGCUCCAAAACUGGAAAAGUGACAGUCUAACUCCUAACUAAAAAUAUCCAAAUGAGUUUGUGGUUUGCAUCUCUGGAAUUGCUGGAGGUUAGGAUCAAAGGACAGUACGUCAUUCAGAUGUUGGGAUUACUGCUCCUCUGGUCAAUUCUAGGAUCUUUAAAAAAGCGCAUGUGGUGUUUGGCUUUAAACAAAGUUGAAUCUUACCCGUGAUCUCACACACUCAACAGUGGAGUCAUUAGUGUGUUUCUGCUUAACCAUCUACAAUUCCCAUGCCAGCACACCAAUGCUGGGAUCUACCCAAUCAGAAAUUAUUUGCAGAUGGGAGAAUGUGCAAUUUUAUAAAUGAUGUGUUAAUUUGCACGUUUUAUUCCCCCAUCUUAAGUGAAGCUCAAUUAUCAGCCCCUUUCUAAAUGGGCCAAAGCUUGUUUGAGUUGCCUCACUGUCACCCUUGCCAACCACUCUAUUAAUAUUCAUUCCCAGGAUAAAUGCAUUGUUGCCAAAGCCACAUUUCAAGCCAUUCCUAUUUACCAAACGAGAUUAGUGGUGCUGGCAGGUCUCCUAUUGUUUCCUGGAGUAGAGAGGUGUGUUAUGCCACUCAAAGGUCAACCAAGUUAGUGUGAAGUUGGAGUCAUGAACAAGCUAGCUUGGGUAAAUGUAGAUAGCUUCCUUUCCUGAAGUAUGUUAAUUGAUUUGAUGGGUUUGUCAGAUAGUCUAGCACCUUCAUGGUCAUGUGCGCCUAUACCAGCUUUACACUUUUUGAUCUCUUAUCAACUGAAUUCAAAUUGGCAGACUUUCAAGGGGAGAUUUGAUGUCAUUAUUUGUAUUAUUAAUCCAGAUGUCUAUUAUUAAUAACCCACAAACAUAGCCACUCCACUAAAAGCACAAAGUGGUGCUGAACUAUACAGACUGAGAAAUGCCAGUCUUAGUCUUUUAAUUAUGCUUAGAUGACCUCAGAUGAAGCAGCUGUAAGUAAUCAUGGAUCAGAAAGGAUCAUUCAGUCCUUUGGAGAUCAUCCCUCCAAAUGCACUCACCCUUCCAAGGCUACUAUCAAAUUGCUGUAUUCAUCUUCCUGGCAAUUUUUUUUCCAAUCAUGUAUAACCUUGUAAGUAAGAAAUUUCCUCCUUAACUCAGUGAAGACAUGAGUAGAGGUCUCAAUUCACCCAGGCAAAGGAGGGGACAUAUUGGUAUUUAGAAUCAAAUUGAACCUAACUGAAUAAAUGGCCUCACCAAAAUGGCACACUCAAAAAUCAUUUAUUAGGGCAGGUUGGAGUAAGUCAUUCACCCCUCCACCCCGCCCUGUCCCUCCUAUUCCCCUACAUAGUAUGAUAACCUUAUACUGUUCUAGUAUCACUAGUUAAUUUCUGUGUAUGCCAUUCCUGCAAAUUAUUAUUUGGUUUAUGUUCCACUUUUGUCUGGUACAGCAGAAGGGAAACCAACACCUUUGGACACUGUUGAUGCCAGUUUUCUCUGGAUUAGUCUCCAAUUUCAAACAAUGCUUCAGAAAACUAUGAGGUAGCAAGCACCUUUUCAAUAAGACCCUACCUAAAUGGAUUGAAUUGUUAACCAAUUUAUUUUCCAUGGGAACAGAAUUCAAACAAAACUUAGUCAGAACCUUCAUUGGCAUUUAUGGUAUGACCUAAAACAGGUGUGUACAUUGGAGAAAGUGAGGACUGCAGAUGCUGGAGAUCGGAGCUGAAAAUGUGUUGCUGGAAAAGCGCAGCAGGUCAGGCAGCAUCCAAGGAGCAGAGAAUCGACGUUUCGGGCAUGAAGAAGGGCAAGAUUCUCCUGCUCCUUGGAUGCUGCCUGACCUGCUGCGCUUUUCCGGCAACACAUUUUCAGGUUUGUACAUUGCUCAGGUGUUGAUGUAUAUCUCUGCUAUCCUGGCAGCACAUGAAAUAGAGCAAGGUAUUCCUAAUGUCUAUUUACAGAGAUGUGUUAACCAAAAUACUACCUUUUUAUUCGCUGUCUAUACAAAGUUCAUAACUCUUAGAACCUUUGUACACAAUGCCUAAAACUUAGUUAGUAGUGACAGAGUCAGUUUUGAGUUGGAAAUUUCCCAUACUGCAACUCAGUUAAUAAAAGAUUGCUCCAGUCUGACCAGUAAUUACCUGGUCUUAGUUAGAAAUCCUGGAAGAGAAAUUGUCUCAGUUUUCCGGGGAUAAAGUUUGAAAAUUCAACCAGAGUUCCCACUUCAAACAACUAUCCAACAAAGUCUCCUGGAAGCUCUAUUGCUGUGUUAAUAGCAUUCAGUGCUCAGAUUCAUAUGUAAUGAACAAUCGCUGAUGUAAAAUUUGGUUUAGCGGUAAUCUUUGAAUCAAAAGAAAUAUCUUUCGAGACAGCAACCAGUUCCAAAUUUUGGGUGGCAUCAGAAGGAUACUAAUCAUUGAUAAUAAAAACAGAAACUUCUGAAGAAACUUAGCAAAUCUGGCAACAUUUGUGAAGAGAAAAAUGAGUUAGCACUUUGAGUCUGGUAUUGACUCUUCAGAACCGGAAGGGGCUGCAAACUUGUCAACAGAAUUAUUGCAUGCUAUAGACAGAGGGGGAAGAGGAGCAAGUGAAACAGAUUGUAAGAGUGCUCAGAGCCAAAGACAAAGAGGUUGCUAAUGGCAGUGAAGGAGGGGUAGAGACGCAAAGCCUGUCUGACUGCUAAAUCAACCUGCAGAUCCUUCCAUGACUUCACACUAUUCUCCAAGGGAAGAGUUUGAAGAUACAAUAACAACAACAUCCGGAGGGUGUCUAAUGCUUUCAAGAAAGAGAAGAAGGGAGGGGAAAAAGCAAAAAAAAACACAAGUAAACAAAUCAGCAAUUGAAGAAGUAGAAUUUGAUGUUUUUUAAUGUCAAUUGAUAGGUCAGAUAUACAUUUGCUUCUUUAGCUUAUUGUUACACAAAAGUCAAAAUUAUUUAUCGUUUAACAUUUAAACAUUCAUUUUCCUGUGGAAACUGUCUCGUGACAAAUUUGGCACAUGUUAUAAUAGGGCAGCUCUGAUUCCAGCAAAGACCAUGUGAUCCCAGGUUGGACAAAAAAAAUCCUUCUAUUCUCAGGGGACAGUAUAAACUGCCAAUUCCAAGCCCUGUUUGCUGGCCCAGAUAUGAGGAAUAAGGUGGGAUAAUGGGGGUAGGGGAAGAGUACUAUUGGUGUCCCUUUUGAAUCUAAGUACAUUCCUGGAGUUGACUUGAGCCACAGUAGGCCAAAGGAUCCUUCUUGCCCACUACAUGGUCCUGGAGGAGCCAUAGAGUGGGUUGGAUUUGUUCAUUCAUUAGAAAAACAAUGGUGUUAUUCUGAAUUCUACUAUGUGUACCACCUUUAUUCACUUACUUAGCUGGGCCAAUGGAAUCAAAAUGACCAGAAACCUAUUCUGCAUCGUCAGUUCUACCAUUCCCUUUUGAAGUUGGGAAUCAAAGAGAUAAUCCUUUUCUACAAUGUAUAGAUUUUAAUUGGGUCUCCGUUAUGAGGGAGAAAACAUUCCAAUGUAAAUUUAAAUUGUGAAAAUGUUAAGGCACAGCACUGAAAUAAUUUAUUUGUGUUAGUAUAAUUGGUGUGAAUUUGAUGUAACAGUUAUUUAUUGUUAUUUAAUGUGGAGAACACCCAUCAUGCAAUUUUUAAAAAGAAAUUGCUGAUGUGUUCUAUUAUACAACUGUUUAAUUUAUGCUUCACUCCUCUUGUGAGAGUUCACUAUAUUUUUUAAAUAUGUAUGUUUACGUAAUGUACAGCACUGGUUGCUUUGUGUACUGUUGCAUUGUGCUCUUUCCUCGUGUAAUUAUUUAGAUGUUCACAAUUCCUCAUGAGGGAAGCUGCGCUUGUCUUUUUUUUAAAAGAAAAAUUAUUAAUUGACUGAGACAACAUGUCAAAAGCAGUUUAGUACUUGUUUUAAAAGAUGUAGCAGUUGUGUAAUGCAUAUUAAUCAUGUCUAGAACAAAAGUGCAAACAUUUGCAGGAUUAUAGGGACAGGACAGGGGACUAGGACUAGUCGAAUUAUUCUCACAGAGUGCUGACACAGAUCCAACAGGCUUCCUUCUGUGACGCAACUAGUCUGUGAUUCUAAGAACUUUUUUUAUCAAUUAUUUUAAGCACAUCAGUAAUAUUCUGUAACGUACUGUAACAAUAAUCAUGUUGUCUGUGUAACUAAUGCUAAAAUUCACUUUUGUAAUGUGUGUAAAUUAUAUAUUCAAAAUGCAAUACCACAGUCCCAUAA